UGCCAUAUGACCCAGCUCCUUCCAGCCAGGGAGAUUAAAACAGCUAGUUAAUUUCUUCUAUUCGCAGGAGUCAGAAACGCCUUUGGGAUCUCUGGGUUUUUAACCGUUUCUGACACAGGAGGUAGAUCACCAGCUGCCAAGAUGUCCAGCAAGAGAGCCAAGGCCAAAACCACCAAGAAGCGCCCCCAACGUGCCACUUCCAAUGUCUUUGCCAUGUUUGAUCAGUCACAAAUCCAGGAGUUCAAGGAGGCUUUCAACAUGAUUGACCAGAACCGUGAUGGCUUCAUUGACAAGGAGGAUCUGCAUGACAUGCUGGCGUCUCUAGGGAAGAACCCCACUGAUGAGUACCUGGAGGGCAUGAUGAGCGAGGCACCGGGUCCCAUCAACUUCACUAUGUUCCUCACCAUGUUCGGAGAGAAGCUGAAUGGCACUGAUCCAGAAGAUGUCAUCCGCAAUGCCUUUGCCUGCUUCGACGAGGAUGCAACAGGUUUCAUUCACGAAGACCAUUUGCGCGAGCUGCUCACCACCAUGGGGGACAGGUUCACGGACGAGGAGGUGGACGAGAUGUAUCGAGAGGCCCCCAUCGACAAGAAAGGCAACUUCAACUAUGUGGAGUUCACCCGCAUUCUCAAGCAUGGAGCCAAAGACAAAGAUGACUAGAGCCGAGAGGCACCCGUCCCACCUUCUCUACACCUGCCAUGCCCCUCCUCCC